AUGUUCGGGGACAAUCGGACCUCGCGCGUGUGGGACAUCAACGCCAACGCCAACGCCACACGCGCACGGCAGCUGUACAGCUACUACACGGCUCCCUGUCUCCGUGCACCCCAGCUCAACCCUGUAAUCCAGUCACUUUUCGCAAGGUACCACUUCCGGUUCUGGCAUCUCAGCUACGACAGCACGGGCAACAAGCACGUUGCAUAUCUCAUCAUCACUCGGCAAGACAUCCCUGCUAUUGCAUUUCGCUCCAUAACCGGGCAAGGGAAGAGUAUAACGGAUAUGCUCUUGUCUCAGCCUCCUCCUACCGCCCUUGAAGCGACGAUAUGGGAGGAGAAGGAUGAGACGAAGGAGUAUCUGGGGCGGACGAGCACGUUGAGUGAUCCCGUGAUUGUCUGCGAGGAUGGUGUCACUAUUGGGUUGGUGCAUGUGAAGGUGAAGAAGAUGUUUGACGAGCAUCCUGAUGUAGCUGCAAUCAAGCUUACGACAGUGUGA